AUGUUCCAAUCUUCAAAACCAUACUCGGCGGUGACUGUGCAAAUCGAGGUUCUCACGAGCGAGCAAUAUGAAAUCGAAGACUCUAGCGGUAUUGUCGAUCUUGUCGAGGUGGUCCGCAUUCAGGCCACUGGCCCGACGGAAGCAAGCCGGGCUUUGCGCAAGAAACUUAAAUACGGCAAUCUUCACCGACAGCUUCGAGCACUCACGAUCCUCGACUUCCUGGUGCAAAAUGCAGGAGAGCGCUUCUUGCGUGAGUUCGCCGACGAGCCACUCUUGGAACGACUCCGCAUUGCAGCCACCGAUUCCGUUUCCGAUCCCCUCGUAAAACAAAAGUGCAAACAGCUUUUUGGACAAUGGGCAGCCUCGUACAAAGACACCCCGGGUAUGGGUAAGGUUACGGCGCUAUACCGGCAACUGCCCAAGCGAAAACAGCCCGCCUCCCAGGCCAAGGCUAAAGUGCUCCGUGAGGGCGCAAACUCCAAUGAACCACCAAUGGGGCACUCGGUGUCAGUGUCUACAGGGAAUGGGCCAUCUACAGUGCUCGGCAGCCCGAAGCAAAAGCCCAGCAAAUCCAAGAAAGACAAGCGGGAGAAGAAACGAUCUGUAAGCUCGCCCAUCAACCUUGAGAAAGAACGGCCGCAAAUUCUACAAACCAUUGCCGCGUCGUCAGUUGCCAGCACCAAUCUGUUGAACUCACUGAAGCUUGUCAACCGCGAGACCACCCGUGUGAGUGAGGAUGCAGAAGUCAUCAAUCGAUUCGAUCGGUGCAAGGAUCUGCGGCACCAAAUUCUCCGUUAUAUCCAAUAUAUUGAGAGUGAGGAGUUCCUGGGUGGCUUGAUCCAUGCCAAUGAGGAGCUAGUGACCGCAUUGAUGGCGUUCGAAGUGCUGGACAAGAGCGUGGAUUAUGACAGCGACAGUGAUGAGGAUGUGCUUGAGGGAAAUUCCAAAUCCGGCCGGGGACUGGACGACGAUAUGAACCAGAAGUUUUCUGGGCUGAACGUCAACCCUUCCAAGCCGCCGCGACCGAGCCGACCCGUGGACCUUCCCAUUGCCUCUUCGUCUCAAAAGUCUCGCCAAGUCUUUGAAGGUGAUAGCGAGUCGGAGGAAGAAGAUGACGAGGAUAACCCAUUUGGAGAUCGCAAUGCGAUUAAGACACCUGGGGUUGAGAAAACGGGUUACAGCUGGAAGGAAGUAUGA